AUGGACGACGACGACAACACAAAUACCCCCGGGGCGGGACCGAACCAGCAGGUCAGCUCCUCAAGUGACACGCCCCAGGGAGCGUCGGGGGCGCAGUCGCAGGGCAACCCAACCCCCAACUCAGCCCAGUCCUCCAACACGCCCUCCUCGGGACCGGUCAUGGCCAAUACUCAGCACUCUAAGCGACGCCGUGGGCUUGGUGUGGUGACGCCCAAUGCCUGCACAGAGUGCCGUAAGAAACGAGCAAAGUGUGACGGUCAAAAUCCCUGUGGGCGGUGCAAGGCCCAAAAAGAUAUCGAGUGCAUCUACGAAGUUCCUGUGCGCCACUCAAAAGAAAACCUACGGGCCGAGAUUGAGAACUUGCGACUCCGACAACGUUCCAACGACCAGGUCUUUGCUGCCCUGGCCCGCCCGGAGCUCUGGGAGGAGGUCCUGUCGCGCCUCCGAGGUGGUCAGUCUGUCGAGAGCAUCUCGGAAUGGCUGGGUGGCUCCCUGCCCUCUGGCGGGGGCGCCGUGCCAUCCUUCGCUCCGAGGCCAGAGCCUUCCGCUUCUGCCCAGGCGGCCGGCUUUCCCGGUGGCGGCCUGGGCUCGUUGGCUGCCAUGAGCCUCGGCGUCAACCCGGGCUCGUCACAACAGCCCGGAGUAAGAUCAGAGAUGGGUCGAAAUAGCCCGUGGCAGUUCUCUUCUCAGAGCCAGUCCGGGUCUACGCGGAGCAACUCCCAUCCAGAUGCCAUGAGCUGGUCGACCGAUAUUCGAGGCCCUCCCGAGUCUCAGGUGGGAUCAUGGGCAGAGGGCAUACACCCGGACACACUGUCUGACGGUCUCCCAAGAUUCCGGGGCCUCGAACAGGUCCUAUCGCCCUUAAAUGAUCCUGAAAUGUCAUCUCCGUCCUCCUCGUGGACCAGCAUCACUAGCGACAUCAAUCUAGUUCAACAUCUCCUCGCCCUCUACUUCUGUUGGGAGUAUCCCACCUUUGCAUCCCUCAGCAAGGAACAUUUUCUCCAAGACUUCCAGGACGGUCGACACCGCUACUGCUCACCCAUAUUGAUCAACGCCCUCCUUGCCCUAGGCUGUCGCUUCUCAACGCAGCCCAUGACACGAGCAAACCCAAACGACCCCUACUCAUCUGGUGACCACUUCUUCAAGGAAUCCCAACGGCUCUUCCACCAGGAGACAGAUCACCACACCCUAACCACGAUUCAGGCACUUGGAAUCAUGUCGAUUCGAGAAGCCAGCUGUGGCCGAGACUCUGAGAGUUGGUACUAUGCAGGCCAGAGUAUUCGACUGGCUAUUGAGAUGGGCCUACACCGCAUUCAGGAUGAAGGAGAUGAAGAUGAACUAGCUGUGCAAGCGGCAACAUUCUGGGGGGCUUUUGCGUUAGACCACGCUUGGUCUCUUGCUACCGGCUCACUACCACAAUGCUCCUGCUUUCCUCAUCUGCCACCUAAGCCCGCCAUAAUAAGUGAUAUCGAAGCGUCCCUUUGGGUGCCCUAUACCGACGACGGUGCUCCCCUGCAGCGCUCUUGUGAGCAGCCGUCUAAUGUACGCUCAUCUCUGUAUAUCCUCCAUUCUCCAGGACGACCUCUGACAGCAAGGGAUCUUUUGAGCAUUUACACACAAUACCUAAACUGGUACGAUCGGAUACCAGAGGUGUUGCGGCUGGGGCACAACUUUACCCCAGCAGUACUGUUUGCUCACAUGUACUAUCACUUUGCCAUUUUACUCCUAUUCCGGCCGCUGAUCAAACUGCGGAUCAUCGGCUCCAAGGUGUCACCACGCGAUGUCUGCUCGCAGGCCGCUGACGCCAUUCAAGGCUUGCUGAAAUCAUACUCUCAGCUCUAUACGUUACGCAGAACCCCAUCCUUCGUACCCUAUUUCGUCUUGACAUCGGCCAUCAUGCACCUAGCCAUUGGCGCCACGAACAUUGACACCAGCUCGGAUGUCUCUACCCCCGAUAAGAUGGCGGCCGCGGCCAAAUUCGACCCCCACGUAAAGGAAGCCAUCCGCCAGGGCAUAGCGGACCUCACUGAGAUGGCGCCCUGCCAUCACUUCGCCGAACAGGCGCUCAACAUCCUACGCCACCUUGCCCAUAAAUGGGACAUUGAGGUCGAUAUAAAGGGCGACACACUCACCAAGGAGGAGUACGACAGACUGGUUAAGCCAAACACGGGUAGCCUCAACUUCUUCGCGCCUAAUAUGCGGGAAGGGGAUAUCCUGUGCCAUUGGGGGACAGGCAAGGUCCUGGCUGGAGGUGACGAAACGCCCUCGGUUCCCAAGACGGCGGACAGUAUGGAGAAUCCUCUGUUCUGGCCGUUCCCAAUGCAGGGACGGCCAAUCCUCCCCAGUGGUAAAGAGCUGGAAGAUGCCGGCUUUGCGAUUGUCUAA